AUGACUGCAUUGCGGGGGUGUGAUUUCCAGGACGGGGAAAUUGUCCAAGCCCUAAAAGUGGGCAUGAAGCGAACACAGGCCUUGGACAAUCAAAUACUCGUUCUGACGGAGGCCCUGGACGCAAUGUUCACUGAACUUCAGCAGUUCAAGAAAGCGAAGGGCAAAAAG